GCCGGAGCCGGCUCGCUAAUGGUGGACGCGUGAGGCGAAGGAGCGCGCGGCGGCGGGAGGCCGGAGCGGGCAGGCGGCGGAGGCGCCAUGUCCGUGAACAUGGACGAGCUCAAGCACCAGGUCAUGAUCAACCAGUUCGUGCUGACGGCCGGCUGCGCAGCCGACCAGGCGAAGCAGCUGCUGCAGGCGGCCCACUGGCAGUUCGAGACGGCCCUCAGCGCCUUUUUCCAAGAGACCAACAUCCCCUACAGCCACCAUCACCACCAGAUGAUGUGCACUCCAGCCAACACCCCCGCCACGCCCCCCAACUUCCCCGAUGCCCUCACCAUGUUCUCCCGUCUCAAGGCCUCCGAGAGCUUCCACAGCGGAGGCAGCGGCAGCCCGAUGGCCGCCACGGCCACGUCGCCCCCGCCGCACUUCCCGCUUGCCGCCACCGGCAGCUUCGCGGCACCCAGCUGGCCGGCUGCGGCCUCGCCCCCAGGCGGGGCACAGCACCACCAGCCGCAGCAGCUGCCCCUGUGGACUCCGGCACCCCCUUCCCCGGCGUCAGACUGGCCGCCCCUGGUCCCCCAACAGGCCACCUCAGAACCCAGAGCCCACCCUGCCAUGGAGGCCGAGAGAUAAGGGAGGCCCCUCCCCCCUCCCGGAGGCCAGAACCCCGUGGGGCGGGGGAGAGGACGUCUCUGCGGGCCCCCUUCACCCUCCUCUGUCUGCACCCC